ACAAAUAAAAGAUGACAAAAAAAAAAAAAAAAACAAAACUGAGUGAAUAGAUAUGGAAGCAGAGGGAACUAGGAAUGAACUCAAUGAACAACAUCCAAUGAAAGGUGGAGAUGGCCUUUACAGCUAUGCCAACAACUUCGAAAUCCAGAGAGCAGCAUCUGAUGCCACCAAACAAUUGAUAAACAUGGCAAUUGCAGAAAAGCUCGAUAAAGAAAUCUUACUUAACUCCAAAACAUUCCGCAUUGCGGAUUUGGGUUGCUCUGUUGGUCCUAACACAUUCUUUGCCGUACAAAAUAUAGUUGAAGCAUUGGAGUCCAAGUACAAGCAGUGCCAAGAACUGAAUUCUCAAAUCUCCGAGUUUCUUGUUCUCUUUAAUGAUCAUACCACAAAUGACUUCAACCUACUCUUCACUUCGCUCCCACAGAACAGGCCAUAUUAUGCGGCAGGUGUGCCGGGAUCUUUCUAUGAUCGCUUGUUUCCCAAGGCAUCUCUACAUUUUGUUCAUUCUUCUAUUGCUGCCAUCCUUUGGCUUUCUGGAGCACCAAAAGAGGUGAUGAACAAAAACUCUCCUGAUUGGAAUAAAGGCCGGAUUCAUUACUUGAAUUCGGGGGCCCAAGUAGUUCGGGCCUAUAAAGCUCAAUUUGUGAAGGAUAUGGAGCAGUUUCUGCAAGUCAGGGCACAAGAAAUUGUGUAUGGAGGAUUGAUGGUACUCAUUAUUUCUGGUAUCCCCAAUGGAACUCAUCAUUCUCAAGGUCUGCAAUGUAUGACUUUAGACCUUCUAGGCUCUUGCCUCAUGGGCUUGGUAAGAAAGGGAAUAGUUAGUGAGGAGAAAGUGGAUAGCUUUAAUGUACCAAUAUAUGAAAUGUCUCCCCAGGAAUUGGAAGCAGGUGUUGAAAGAAAUGGAUGUUUUAGUAUAGAGACAAUUGAAUACAUACAUCACAAGAGAUUAGAUAAUCAUUCUCACUCUGUAAUGAAUGCCAAAGUAUUUGCAUCUCACGUAAGAGCUUCCUUAGAGAGGAUUAUCAAGAAGCAUUUUGGUGAGGACAUUUUAGAUGUGCUAUUUGACUCUUUCAGGAAGAAAAUUGAAGAAAAUCCCUCCAUUUUCAAGUCAGUGAAAAAAGUCAACUUCUUUGUCCUCCUUAAACGCAGGGCAGCAAAUUAACUUAGCUACAACUUGCUUUCUUCACCUUUUUAUAUAAUGUGUCAGUGUUUGUGUAUUGUUAUACAUAUAGUAUUGCAUUUCUUUUUUGUUAUCAUUGAUUAAUAAAUAAUGUCCGUAACAUUUAUAUAAAUUACAAAUUACUAGCUUGAUUAUUGU